CGCCUCUCUGUUAGCUUCGGUAUAAAAGCAAACUGCUGUCGCCCGCGCACAAGACUGUCUCAUUCAUACCUCAUAGCAGGUUCACGGUGAGAGAGAAAGCGAGCAAGUAUUCUUUGAAGAAUUUUACCCACAAAGAACGAAAUACUAAAGCAAAAUGCGUGAGUGUAUCUCUGUCCACGUUGGCCAAGCUGGUGUCCAGAUGGGUAACACAUGUUGGGAGCUGUACUGUCUGGAGCAUGGUAUCCAGCCUGAUGGACAGAUGCCCAGCAACAAACCAGUGGGAGGCCAUGAUGACUCAUUCACCACCUUCUUCAGUGAUACCGGAGCUGGCAAAUAUGUGCCUCGUGCCAUCUUUGUAGACCUUGAGCCUACAGUCAUUGAUGAAGUACGCACAGGUACCUAUCGCCAACUGUUCCAUCCUGAGCAGCUCAUUUCAGGCAAAGAGGAUGCUGCAAAUAACUAUGCCCGUGGGCACUACACUAUUGGCAAGGAGAUCAUUGAUUCUGUCCUGGACCGCAUACGCAAAUUGGCUGACCAAUGCACAGGGCUGCAGGGUUUCCUGGUCUUCCACAGUUUCGGUGGAGGCACGGGCUCUGGCUUCACUUCUCUUCUGAUGGAGCGUCUCUCUGUUGACUUCGGAAAGAAGUCCAAACUAGAGUUCGCCAUUUACCCAGCUCCCCAGGUGUCAACAGCUGUGGUGGAGCCGUACAACUCCAUACUGACCACCCAUACUACCCUGGAGCAUUCCGACUGUGCCUUCAUGGUGGACAACGAAGCCAUCUAUGAUAUCUGCAGAAGGAACCUGGAUAUUGAGCGCCCAUCCUACACCAACCUCAACCGGCUCAUCAGCCAGAUUGUCUCCUCUAUCACGGCCUCUCUGAGGUUUGACGGCGCCUUGAACGUCGACCUGACUGAGUUCCAGACCAACCUGGUGCCCUAUCCUCGUAUACACUUUCCCCUGGUCACAUACGCCCCGGUCAUCUCUGCUGAGAAAGCCUACCAUGAGCUACUCUCCGUGGCCGAGAUUACCAACUCGUGCUUUGAGCCCUGCAACCAGAUGGUAAAGUGCGACCCUCGUCAUGGAAAAUACAUGGCCUGCUGUUUGCUCUACAGAGGAGAUGUGGUACCAAAAGAUGUCAACGUGGCCAUCGCCGCCAUCAAGACCAAAAGAAGCAUCCAGUUUGUGGACUGGUGUCCUACUGGCUUCAAGGUGGGCAUCAACUACCAGCCCCCUACUGUGGUUCCUGGAGGUGACCUGGCCAAAGUGCAGAGAGCAGUGUGUAUGCUGAGCAACACCACGGCCAUUGCUGAGGCCUGGGCUCGUCUGGACCACAAAUUUGAUCUGAUGUAUGCCAAGAGAGCCUUUGUGCACUGGUAUGUUGGUGAGGGCAUGGAAGAGGGUGAGUUCUCUGAGGCCAGAGAAGACAUGGCAGCUCUGGAGAAGGACUAUGAAGAAGUGGCAAUUGAUUCAUUUGAGGAAGAAGAGGAGGGUGAAGAGUACUAAAAGGAAAAAGUGCUUGUUUUCUGCCUGAGGUGUAUAGAGAAGCCAAUUAAAAUAAAAUAAAGCUUUCAAUUGG